AUGCACCUCCUAACCUUCCUUACGCUUGCCGAGCCAGGCCCAACAAUACGGCUCAAAGUCCUCGGCGCGCAGUGGGUGUUCUUCAGCGGAUUUCCCCUCGCAUAUCUCAUCUCGCCUCAGAUAUGCCAUGGCUUUGUGGGAUAUCUAAAAGAAGAAGAAGCUGUGAUUACAUACUCGAAGACAAUCAAUGACCCCGAGAAUGGUCAGCCUGGAUGGGAGAGCUUGCAGGCCCCCCGAGAUGGCAAUUAA